AUGACUUCCUCGAAUGGAAAUUUUCCAGCAUCCAUGCCUGUUCUCAAAGGCAAGAACUAUGAUGAUUGGUGUGCUCAGAUGAAGGUAAUCUUUCGAUUUCAAGAUGUGACAGAAGUGGUGCAAGAAGGGGUUCAAGAACUUGACAGGAACCCAACUGAUGCAGAGAAGGUGGCUCACCGUGAUUUGAUGAAAAGAGAUGCAAAGGCGUUGUUCAUUAUUCAUCAAUGUGUAGAUGUAGAUAAUUUUCAGAAAAUUAGAUCUGCUGAUACUACAAAGAAGGCAUGGGAUACUCUAGAGAAAUCCUAUGCAGGGGAUAGCAAACUCAAGAAGGUGAAGUUGCAGACCUUGAGAAGGCAGUAUGAACUUCUACAAAUGAGUGAUCAAGAAAACAUUGGUGAGUUCUUUUCUCGAGUCUUGGCAAUUACAAAUCAAAUGAAUGUUUAUGGUGACAAGCAAUCAAACUUGGGGAUCAUUGACAAGGUAUUGAGAACCUUGACACCAAGAUUUGAUCAUAUAGUGGUGGCAAUUGAGCAAGGCCAGAAUCUUGAAGAAAUGAAGAUUGAAGAAGAACUGCAAGGAAUACUUGAAGCUCAAGAGAUGAGGCUCAAUGAAAGAAAUUCACAAAGAUCAGUUGAGCAAGCCAUGCAAGCCCAAACAACCAAAGGGAACAACUAUGAUGGUGGCAAGAAUAAGAAGGGAAAGGGAAAGGGAAAGUGGAAGAACAAUAAGUGGAAGGGGUCAAGUGAGGGCUACAGCAGUUCUGGAAAUCAUAACCAGAAUGAAGAAACAGACAAGAAAGAUGGAGGGAAUCACAAAGUGGGUAAGAAGAAAUUCAACAAGAAAGGGAUUCAGUGUUACAACUGUCAGAAAUGGGGAUAUUUUGCAGAUGAAUGCAGAAAUAAAAGGGUUCCAAGAAAUGCAAAUGAGGCUCAAUUGGCACAAGAUGAGGAUUCUGACUCUGAUAAAGUGUUACUAAUGGCAACAACAAACUCAGAAGAAGACAAUGUUAAUAUGUGGUAUCUAGACACAGGCUAUUCCAAUCACAUGAAGGUGAAGAGCAAGAUCAAGUUUGCAGAUAACAACUCUGUAACUACAGAAGGCAUUGGAAAGGUGAUGAUUCAGAGGAAGGAUGGACAACACUCAUUUAUCAAUGAUGUGCUAUAUAUUCCCAAUAUGAAGAAUAAUUUGCUGAGUUUUGGACAAUUGCUAGAAAAGGGUUAUUCAAUGCAGAUGGAGGACGUCAAAUGA